AUACUUUUAAGAAAACCACAAACAAUAUUUGACAUGACAGUUUUUAUCAUUUAAGAAAAAAUCUAGAUUCCGAGUUGGUAAAAAUCCUCUGUACUGUAGUUCAUAAUACCAGACAGAUUGCUUUUGCUGCUGCUUGGCAUUGUCAAGAAUAAUACUUUUUCCUCACAGCUCAGACAUAACAGUGCAAAGCCGGCAGUCUUCAUCAGCGUCUAAAAUAAUCCUGUGGUAAAAGUGAGGGUGAAAGCCUGCAGCGACACCUCGUAUACGUGUAAUGGCAUCAAUUUAAAGUGUGACCUUCUCAGUCUGGUGAGCUGCUCUCAAAAAAAGCACAAUUAAAGCUCAGCAGUCAGGGUCACAGUGAAAACCAAAGCCACAUUAUUCAAUAAGUGGUUUUGAAGAGUUUGUCUCCAAAAACUCAUUUCAAGCAUCAACCGAACCAUACUGCACAAAAAAGUACUAAAAGUAGGGUGCAUGUGUGCCACAACUCAUCAGUAAUCUGAAAACUGAGUUUGAGGAGGACAAAUAGCUGCUGAAGUGGUUCAGAGAUGAACGAUAAAUGGUGUGUACCUACAUGUAUACAGUGGUUAACUACUUUCCCAGAAGGCCCAAGUCUCAGUCCCAUUCAUCCAUGCCCACACAUUCACACACUGAUGGUGGCUCUGCUGCCUAAGGCUGGUGCCAACGCAUGACCAUCAGGAGCAAACCUGAACAGGGACGCUUGAACGCAUGGGCGGGUAGGGCGGUUUGACAUGCAGGGAUCCAUUCCUAGAACUGCAUGUGUGUGGACGUAACAGGCGGGAACCGAGCCUGCGAUCUUGCAAUCCGAAGUUGACCGCUGUUGCCAUGCACAACGGUCACCCCGCAAGAUGAGCCACAAAAAAGGAAAUGUUGUUUACCUUUUGGCAUAUUCCUUCAGGGGUUGCCACGGCGAAUGAGCUUUCACUGAUUCACACAGGUGUUUUGGCAGAGAUUUUUAAAACAAAUGGCCCUCCUGACACGACCCUUUAUUUUAUCCGAGCUAGGGACCGGCACAGGGGGACCCAGACUGGGGCCCCCUUGUGACUACAUAGGCAGUAGAGAGAAGGGUCUUGCCCAAGGACCCACAGUAGAUGACCCUCAUCAAACAACUUGGGAAUCAAACCCUGAUUUUCUGUGUGCCAGCUACCAGGCACAUGGAAGGCCAUGUUACACAGCCACUACAUACAUUUGGCUCAGAUUGCACGGAUGAAAAUUGUUCAAAUAUUAAUAUAUGAGGAAAAAGAGAGAAAAGUUGUGGUCUUUCACUUUAAAUUUUCAAAGAUGUAUCACAAAUGAACCAUGUUAAAAUCAUGGAUGAAGUAGGAAGAAACCACACAAAGAACAUGUAAGUCAACAUAAAAGCCAAAUCUGGCCCAAAAUUCGUGUGUCAGUUCUAUAAUUUGAAUGUGUGUGUGCGUCUUAUACGUGAUAUUAUAGUUAUACAUUGGUAGUACAUGCUUGUAAUUAUUGCAUGUAAACGACAUGAAACACGCAUAAAUUGCUUAAUUCUCAGCAGACCAAAAAUUUUGAACAGCUCAAAACCGAAUUUACAUAAAGACCAUCGUCCGAAACCCGUGACAGACAUCUGCACACAUCAACGAAUGACGGAUGCAAGAAACCCUUAUGAACUAUGUAUGUCAUGCAUGUAUCACACUCACCCAAUCCAGGUCUCUUAUACAGUCAAUGAGUGGAACAGAGAGGAUGACUCCACCUCCAAAAAUAAAGUUAUUACAGGCAGAAAUGUAGUGAUAUGGGAACUGCACUCUUGUGCAUUACAUUCGUUUUUUUAUUUAAAUGUAUGCCAUACCUUUUCAGGGAAAGAUUUAAGAAAUUAUCAUUUGUCUAAUUUACAAUAAUAUUUUAAAAAAGAUUAUUAUUUUGUCCAGACUGAGGGAUCCUUGUCAAUGCCCAGCAUCCCAUAGUUGGUACAAGAAAGUCUGAGUCCAGCUCAGUUAAUUGGCACAUUUAAUUAAGGCUUCUUGGCUUUGGGUGGAGGCAACUGAUGCACAGCGAGUGACGAGUCAAGAACAUCACCAAAUGUUAGCUUGGAGGCAGAAGCUCUUCACAAAUGUCUGCUGGAUGCACAAGCUUUUCCAGAAAGAAAAAAAACCACCCAUUGUAUUUGUAUUAAUGCUGCAGAAGAAAAACCGAAAUCUCCUCAGUCUGCCUUAAAGCUCAAAGACCAACCUGCCCAUAGCUGUGAUUCAAGGCAGUGUGCAGGACCGAAUGAGAGGAAAACGACUGUUGCUAUGAAAAAAGGGAAAGUUAAGGAAAGCAGUCUGGAAGAAACCAUUCUGACAUCCAUUUCUGUGACUGCCUGAGUGUGAGGAGCCCACCCCACCUCAGCUGUGGUGAGGAGAGCCCAGCCCAGGCAGCCAGCAACCAGCGCGUCUGUGCCUACCAAUCGGCAUGCUCGGCUCAGGCGGUGUGCAUUGCUCUUCAGUCUCAGCAGCUGAAGCUGGGCGCAGGGGAACUGCGACGGCCGCGCCAAGCAUCUUCUCAGUGAUGGCUGCUGCUGAGCAACCGGGCUCCAGCUUCCACCAGCAGCACUGCGCAUAAGGCAACACACCCACCUUUGCCCUCCUGCCCUGAAGUGAGAGCGACGCCACCAUGUACAGCGUGGAGGACCUCCUCAUUUCACACGGAUACAAACUGCCCAAGAGCGGCCCCCCGUCUGCCACGCCUUAUGAAAAGCGCCCCGCCGACGGCCACCGCGAACUCGUGGAUAACAGGGCGGGCCGGGGGACCCUGAACGGGAAUGAGGCAGAGAGGGGGGCAUCUAUCACAGGCAUCUACGGCAGCAAGCAGGUGCUGGUGAAGGCCUACCCCACUGAUAACGAGAGCGCGGAAAGGAACCAGAGGAGAAAAGAAGCCGGCAUCGGUAUCCUAGGUGACGCUCAGCCCUUGGGUGAUUCUCUCGCCACAGAUAGUGGAUUCUACGAUGUUCCCAGUUUGACCUAUUCUGAACCUCUGAGCUACGAUGAGAGGGAUCUUUCCUACUGGCGGAGGCGAGGUCAGGACUUCAGCAUCCUUCUGGACUAUGCUGAUGGCAGGGAGCUAAGGGCCUCCGCUGGAGCCUGGAGGCCACAGGCCCUGAUCACUGCAGAGGAAUACAGAGCUGAGAGGCAAGCGCAACAGUUAUGGGAAGAUCUCUCCUGGUUAAGGGAUCCAGAAGCAGGCCCUGGUCAGCUCAGGGUGACUGGGGAAAGGAAGUGCCAAAGUCUUGGUACAGAGGACUGGAGGCCUGCUGUGGGUCUGGGGAGGCAGCUGUCGGAUGGGGACGGCGAAAGGUGGGCCAGAGAUCAGUAUCGUCUAAGGACACCUGAGGGUUUCUUUCAUCCUAGAACUAAAACAAAGUCUCAGUCUCUCCCCAGAGUUUUGUCCCCUGAUGGAACUGACAGCAGAGAGCUCAUUCCAUCAAGACCUAGCUUGCCGGAUAGACAAAGAUUAAGCAGCACUGUUUUCUCUGGACCCUACAGUCGGUAUGUUUAUGGUGGUGUAAGGGACAGAUGGAGUAGGAAUGCUGGGCCAAGUAGCCAUGUUGCACUUUUACCAAAGCCCAGGUUCAGCAGGCCUUUAAAGCCUCCUUCAUACGAGAUUCACCAGCAGACCAGGGGUAGCGCCGAAAUGCUUGCUAUAGACCAGGGGGCCAAACAAAAGGACAGAUCUAUCUACUACUCUAGGGGGGUGGAUUUGCGGCAAGACUAUUUCGCACAACACUCUGCCAUCUCUGGUAUGGAGCCACCUGGUUACAUUCCACCCCCCUCUUAUAAAAGAGCGCCACCCCCAAGAGCAGUUACUUUCAACCGCAAUGAACUGGCAAACUUUAGAUGGAGAGCUGAAACUUUGCAAAUGUCUAGCUCUGAUCCUGGAAGGUGGUUUUCCAGGCAGGGGAGUGGCUCAUGGUUGGAAUAUUAUGGAGAGCGCACUGCAUCCUAUAGAAAACAAGUUCAUUCUGGGCCUGAAGAAGAAACAGGUCAAACACGCCAAUUACCCAUUGAAGAACCAAGGGUGAAGCAAAUCUCAGGAGGGCCUAGCGGAACUUCUCUACCCGACUCAGACAAAAUCCAUAACAUCAACAAAGAGAUUCCAUCCGCUAAGACUUUAGGACAAUCUACACAUGAUAGUGCCUUUCCUUCCCAACAGCAGCCAGCACCCAAUACCGAAACACGCAAAGCAGCUCCCAGCGACAACGACAGCAGUAAUCGGUGGUGCAACAAGGUCAUUAGCAAGAAAAGUAACAGUGUGGGUCCUGAACAAAACCGUAGUCAAUUUCUUCCCUCGUCAAUUCUUGGUAAACCUCCACCACCACCAAGUAAGCUGCCAGACCAGGGUGUCUCUGAAACUGUGACAGAGGUAAAGAAAGUGGAACAACCAGAACCACAAGAGAAAGACAAAUCCAAGAACCUAAAAAAGAGACUUAGUGAAACUAUCUUCUGUUUGGUGUCUGUCCCUGCCACACCACAGCUCUGUGGGACAAUUCGUGAUCAGAAUAACAACAACGAGAAGUCGCCAGAUCCAGCAGGCAGUCCGAGUGACAACAAAACUGGCCAUUUAACAAACCAAAGUCUCCAAAGCACAUCUUCAGCUGAAGCUGAGCUGCAAGCACUAACUGGUAGCAUGGCAAGCAGUAAGACAAGCAGUAGAGCUAGCAGCAAAAUGUUUAAAAAACUACCCUGUAGACCACCUAAAAUAAACCAUUACAAGGAGCUGAAGCUGUCUGGAUCCUGGCCUGCUAAUCAAUAUAGAGACCAGGAGACUCAAACGAGCCCAGAGGCCCAAAAACCCACUUCUGAAAACAAGGAAGCACAACAAGAACCUGCCCCUCCUGGCACUGAGGUUGCUUCUGACAACAGCGGUGUAGUGGGCACUGCCUUUAGUUUUCCCAUACAAGGCGUAAAAAGUCUUAAAUUGUCAAGCAACAGCGCCUUCUCUCUGACCUCCACCUUCUCCAGCCAGCUGAACAAGAGCACAGUUCAGCAGCAAACAGUUCCACCUUCAGGAAAUGCGGAGGAGGCCAAACCAGCAGCCAGCAGCGGCCAAGAGACUUUUGAACAACUGCGACUGAAACCAACCACGCAACGACCAUGGGACGCUGUCAAAGAGCUGGAGAUGAUUCAGAAAGAAGUUCAAGAGGAACAGCAACAGCAGAUGAACAAGCAGCCCAGUGUUGACAAGUGCAUAGAGGAUCUCAAUGAGGCUUACAAAGACAUUUUGGAGCUAGGUACUGCCGGCAAUAAAGUCUCAAAUGGUUCAGUUCAAAUUCCUGAACGUAUCAAAAUUCGGCUAACAUCAGAACCUCUCAACAAGCCCAGCAGCCUUAGACGCAGUGCAGUAAGCUGGUCUGUUGACCCGGAAUACAGAGAAAUCAAGAGUGCUUUCUCCAGGCCAGCAACAAAGUCAGUAACAUUUAGCAAGCAGCUUAGAGAAGAACUUCCAGUCCCACCAAGGGAGACAGGCUUCAGAGAAUACAGGGUUGUUUCUCAUGUUUCACGUAGAAGGAGCAACGAUGGCAGGACGGUAAAACUGGACCUGCCAGAUGAGCCCAUUGAGACACCACUUUGUGACUUCAGCCCAACCACGCGCACCACAGCAGCUGAGGUGCCAUGGGCAGAUCGGCAACCCAUGCAAGAUGCCUCCACCCUUACUAGUCCUCCAGAUUACGAGGACAUAUGUCAGGCUUUGCGUCAGUCUAAAGAUCCGACGGACAAUAGAGGCUCUGCAGGCCUUUCCAGAUCUAAUGACUCAGAGCUUCUUCAAGACCUCAGUGCUAACUCUGAAGAAGAUUGCCCCAUUUGCAAAAGAGAGCUUGAGAAUCAAAUGAGACAGGGUCCAUUGCCUCCACUUCAUGAGGAGAACAGCUCAGACAGCUCAGCUAAUCAAAAUGGCAGUCCGCCACAAUGCGCUGCAUUAGCAAGUCCAGCAGAAAACUUGAAAACGGAGGAGCCAGGUGACUCUAGUUCAAACCAGUCAGGGUCAGAGCAGGGUGUUGAAACAAAAGAGCAGCAUUCCCUAACACAAGAAGGAGCUUGUGAGAAAUCUGGUGAUUCUGAAACGGAAAAUAUCAACAACUCUAAUCCUGCAGAGAGCCUACCAGCAAAUGAAGCUACAAAGGACUUUUUAUCUACAUCCUUAAGUUUAGCAACUGAUCUACCUGCAGAACCCCUAGUUGAGGAUAUUCAAAGUGUUAAUGAAACUGUUACAGAAGAUGUUGAGCUUAACAAGCAGAAAGCAGAUGAAGGAGGAGCAGCCAAAAGUAGUGCAGGCCAAAAGACAACUGAGAUGAAAAAUGAGUUGGAGGGAUGUUCAACAACCGAUGACAAGCAGGAGCAAGAGAAGAGGACAUUUUCUGUUUCAGACCAACGGGUUGCCCUACGAACUCACCUGGGGAGGGAGCAUCCAAGUCUACCAGAGUUUCCACCAGAAAGACUGCCUCUUUCAGUCCCUCCAAACCUAGACAGAAGAUUAUCUCUGAGUUUGGAGGGAGAAAGGAAGACCAAAGGGCCUUCCCACCGAAUCGAGGCGUUGCAGAACAAGCUGGCAAUUUCUCCAGGUCGUGUGGCUGUUGAGCGACUGGCCAGGAUGAGAGAGGUGGAUGUCAUUUGCCGUGUGAGACGCCUGAGCAUCAGGAGUACUGACUCUGGGGAGGGGGAGGCAGAAGGAGAGAACAAGGAAGUGGAGGAUCUGCAUCCUGAGCCUCCUGUAGACACAGAGAAAAAUCAAGAAAGCCCUCCUUUCCAGCAGGUCGCAAAGGAGACAGUGAUGCUAGAUGAGAAGAAAUCAUUGCUCUCAGGUGAGAACAGACAUAGUAGAAGUUGUUUACCCUCAUCAAACAUGUUGGGAGCUGUUGACAAUGACUCGCAUUAAUUGAUAGGUAAUUUUUUUUACUGUCCCUCCAAAUGUAGUUCAUUCUGAUGGUGACCACCACUUUAUUUCAUUUUGUAACCAACUGAAAUAAUUUUUUAGUUCUGAUCAUUUAACUUGAUAAAGAAAAGCAGUCUUUCCUACUGAUUAUGAAUAAAUAUUGUUGUUCUUCACAUCUCAGAGUCCCAUGAUCCCAGUCCAGGGAAGACAGUGUAGAAAAACCUCCUCCAUCAUCACCAUCUGAGGGUUUUAGCUCCAACACUGUGACCUGGCCACCUUCUAGAAUGCCUUCAUCUCAUCUUGACACUGAAAUGGCCUUCUUGUCCGACAAGAGCAUUGUGUACACCUUCACCCUCGGCGCUGCAUUGACUACUAAGAGUGCUGUUCCACUGCCAAAGGGAGUCCCUAUUAACCACCCCGCCUUUCCAAACUGAUUUCCCGCCUCCCCUUCUGCUCAUGCCCAACUCCAUCCUCCUAUAAGGUUUCUACUUGUUAGUCUUCUUGUAGCGGCUUGUCUUUUUCUAUACUGCCCCCCCCCCCCCAUGCUUUUCUCAUCGACACACAUUAUGCAAUUCUGUCAUGCAUACUAGAGCUUCUGUCCAUAGCGAAAAGCUGUUUGGCACUCUAAACAAACAUGUUUGUUUACGAAGGGAGCUGUUAAGGAUAUGAAUGUAAAUGUUUCUUUUAAAGCUUUUAUAGUCAUAGAAAGGUUUUUGCCACGAACCUGUUCUGUUGCAUUUAAACAACACCAAAUCAAACUGCGUACCUGAUUGUGGUAAGACAACAGCAGUUUUAGAACUGGACAUCACUGUCUUUGGCUAAAGAACUGUUUUAAUUUUCAGAUGAGGUAAAUGCGCCUUUUUUUUUAAAAGCCAUCAUCGCAUUUCUCAUUGCUUUUGUACACAUUGCAAACCAUAGAUCUCUUCAGUGAAGAGCGACUCUAUACAAGAUGACAUGAUAAAGCUAUUAUAUGAUACUGGUUCUACACAGAAGAGAGAAAACUGCCUUUUUUUAAGCCCGUGCAUAAUUCCUGGUCUGAUCAGGCGAGUUCUUUGAUUUGUCCCUGAUCAAUUCAAUGUAAAACUAAAAUUUCCAGGUAAUUUCAGGAAGCAAUAAAGGCACAGACUAAGUUGGUGAUCGGUAACUUUGUCUAACAAUGAUGGGUUUAGGAAUUUAGAACAAAAAAAGAACAAAAAAGAAACGUAGAGCAAUAUUGUGGAAUAGUGGAACUACCUGUAGGAACCCUUGUCAGAAGUCUUAAUGUGAACAUGUCAUUCAGACCGUAUUACAGGGAAAUGGAGUCGUGUCAGGGUAUAUGGGCGCUUAACAUAGGGUGGGUGCUUUAUUUCAUGAUAUCUAUCUAUCUUCAUACAUCUGUGCUGUAAAAAAACAAACAAAAAAAAACAUUUCACUAAAUAUUUAUUUUUGUUAUCAUCAAAUUGUUAAUCCGUUUGCAUAAUGUACAAAAUAAAAUAUAUUUUAAAUAUUUGAAGAGGAAAUUUUGUAUUUAACCAUGACGUUUUAUUUCUCCCUACUUAUAUUAAGAUGAAAGUAUCCUAUCUGUGUAUAGUAUCAUUCUGAGAGUAUACAUACUUUUUUAGUGCUUUAAAAUUUAUCAGAGCGAUAUAAGCUGGGAUGACCCUGUGGUGUGCCUUGAACACACAGUUCGAUUUCACUGAGCAAUUGGGUUCAUCACCUGGAGAGCUGAAAGGAUGGAAACUUUCUGAUUGUGCCAUAACUUUCCUAUCUGAAAGCGCUUCUUCAGAAGUUAAGACAUAAUUGUUGGACGCUCUUUGUGAUAUUUGACAUUUCAGUCCACCCUAACUGUAUUUCCUGUUAGAGGUCGAACACGACCUGUGUCUUUAUCUUUGUCUUUGUAUGUCUUCCAAUUUAUGUACUGUUGCGUUGUUAUGUUCAAUAAAAUGUGGAUUCUUUUCUUUUCCCUUCUUCCCACCCUUUCUUAAUUCUAUCCCUCUUUCUGACCCAUUCCUUUUCUUUCUAUCUCUGUUUCUUUCAUUUCAUGGAGUUUUAGAAAUUUCUCUUGUUACCAACACUGACUGCACAACAGUAGGAAGUAGUGUUUAAGUGUUCUAAGCUCCAAAUCAGCAAAAAUUAGGUACAGAUUUAAUAAAAUGAAGGAAGACAUUUUUGUUCAUGAUUUUUUUGUUCUCUUUUUUCUUUCACAUCAGCACUAUGGUAGGACUCUAUCAUCCAGAAUUGAUUGCUAUGUAGCAUUUUACAGUUGUAGCAUUUGAUCAACUCAGAUAGUUGCAUCUGAAUCACCUCUUGUACAAUAGAACCAUGUGUCGCAUUAUGUGUGUGUUGCAUUAUACACCCCAAAAUGCCAAAAAUGUAUGUUCUGAGCACUGUUUCCCACCGUCAUGACUUUACUGCUGCGCCUCCGGCUGCAGCAGUACAGUAGCAUUAUGGAUCUUUCAUGCUGUUUAUCUGGAAAAUGCAAACACUGAGUCUAAACUGUGAAGCUCCAAUAAAACCAGAAAUAGGAUUUAUGAGAAGAGGACAGUGUGAGCUUCAGUGUUUGGAGAUAAAUCCAGAGUCAGCAUCACAGGGAGGAGAAGCUGGCGUGCCAACGUUACUAACACAUCCCAUCUCCAGUUCACAAUGAGUACUGGAAGGCCUUGCCUCAGUUUUGUUUUGUUCAAACUGCCCCCCUAACAACCUUUAAAAAGCUAUUUCAGUGCGUACUCACCCCUGCCCCCCCUGCUCCCAAAAAUUGGCAUGUUGGGUACACUUGAACAUAGUGUCAUUUGACUUUUUGUACUGCAGGUUAGGUGCAAACAUGAAGUAAUUAUGCACACUUGUACUAUUUUAUAUUUUCAUAUGAGAUUUAAGUGCUUUUUUUACUCGCAGACAUCUUUUUUCUUCUUUGCAUGAUCUGCAAGAGGGAGGAAGAAAGAAAAUGUCUUACAUAAAGUAUAUUUGCAUUUGGUAAUCCAAUAGCAAACCCGUGGGCAAAAUAUUAUGUCUCAUAAUCUCAUUUACAAAACUAUGCCAAGUAUUCAAAAGCUAUUUUUAGAGUAAUUUAAGAAGGAGCUCAUUCAUUUUUAUUUCUUUGAAGACAUGCCUUUAUCUUUUUAUCUAUAAAUACUAGCAUAAUCCAUGGUCAUAUGAUUGUGCUACUGUUGUAUAUUACUGCAGUCUGAUUCAUAAAUAAACUCUUUGCAUGAAA